GAAAAGCUCAGCUCCCUCCAACCCUUUACUCUCCUAAUUCCAAUCUGCUGGUGAAACAUUAACUGCGUCUGUCUGUCCCACAUGGCUCUCUCCCCAUCCAGACCCACAAACUCACGGCUCUGCUAAACCCCUGGAAUGUCAUCCAAUGGACUUCUUCUGGGGUUCAGCUCUCGUACAUUAUAGGGGGGACGACUGAACUUGCUGCUUUCUCUCAGCCAAACUGGAUUUGUACCAGCCGGGCACCAUCCUCUUCACUUCACUGGAUUAUUGUACAGUUUAAUGCCAUGGAAAAUGCAAGUCUCCUACAUUUGAAGAUUUGGAUAUGGGUGUGACUGGUUUACUUACUCUGCUAUCAAUGUUGCUCGUUAGUGUGAAGCUCGUUACAUGCGCCCCCUACAAGCCUGUCUGUGACAAAACAGUACUGGACAUGUUCAUUAAAGAAGCCAGAGAAUUGGAAACAGCCAUGGACUCCUGCAACAUUAUCUGCCAAUUUCCUGAGGAUAUCAUGGUCCCUGAAACAAAACUGAAUGUCGGAGAGUGGAAUAAAUUACAGACGUCCCAGCAGGCGGCAGAGGUUUGGAACGGUCUCGUCUUAUUUACAAAAGCUGUCCCAAGAAUUACUGAUUUCAUCUCCGAUGCCAGCCUCAAAUUCCAAGUUGAAAAAAUCCACAGCGACAUCCGCAGUGUUGUGCAUUUAUUUAAGAGCCUCAACUUGCAGGAUGAAGCUCAGACAUCACAGACAGAAGGAAAGACACUUCCAGUACGGACAUUCAAAAAAUUAUUUUCUGUUUACACCAAUUUUUUACGAGGUAAAUUGAGACUACUAGUGAUGGCAGUGUGCCGGGAGGCUAGUCUACCAACGUGAGGUCUCCUCGCUUACCCAAUCAUCCCUACUGAACUCUUCUUCACUCCAAACAUCCAAUACGGGAAGAAAACCCAACCUUCUUUUUAUAUCAUGGACUCUUUUUAUAUGACACACGUUUUUAUAUAUAAUGAAAUAUGAGAGUAUCGAGGAAGCAGAGAGGUCAACGACUAUAAGAGAGUAUAUAUUUGAUAUUAAGUUAAAAUUGUAAAUAUUUCUAUAUUUAUAGCUUAUUUGGGACAAAAUAAAUUAAUUUUCUAUUG